AUGUCUACAUCUACACCCACAUCAUUUACAUCCACAUCCACGUCUAUGUCUAUGUCUACAUCUACGUCUACAUCUGCAUCUACACCUACAGCUGCAUCCACACCUAAGUCCACGGCUACAUCUACGUAUGAAUCUAUGCCUACAUCUCCAUGUACGUCAUCUACAUCUAUAUCAACACCUAUGUCUACAUCUACACCCACAUCAUUUACAUCCACAUCCACGUCUAUGUCUAUGUCUACAUCUAUGUCUACAUCUGCAUCUACACCUACAGCUGCAUCCACACCUAAGUCCACGGCUACAUCUACGUAUGAAUCUAUGCCUACAUCUCCAUGUACGUCAUCUACAUCUAUAUCAACACCUAUGUCUACAUCUACAUCUACAUCAUGUACAUCCAUAUCUACAUCUACACCCACAUCAACAUCCACAUCUAUGUCUACGUCUGCAUCUGUAUCCACAUCUACAUGUACGUGUUCUACAUCUACAUCAUUUACAUCCACAUCCACGUCUAUGUCUAUGUCUACAUCUAUGUCUACAUCUGUAUCUAGAUCUGCAUCUACAUCUACAUCUGUAUCUACAUCUAUGUCAUCUACAUCUACGUCUACAUCUGUAUCUACAUCCACAUCUACGUCUACGUCUACAUCUGCAUCUGUAUCUACAUCUAAGUCUACGUCUAUAUCUAUGUCAUUUACAUCCAUGUCCAUGUCUACGUCCAUGUCUACAUCUAUGUCUACAUCUGUAUCUAGAUCUGCAUCUACAUCUAUGUCUAUAUCUACAUCUACAUUAUUUACAUCUACAUCUAUGUCAUCUACAUCUAUAUCAACAUCUACAUCUACGUCUACAUCUGUAUCUACAUCUACAUCAUUUACACCUACAUCCACAUCUAUCUCAUCUACAUCUGCAUCUGCAUCUAUGUCUGUAUCUACACCUACAUCCACAUCUAUGUCUACAUCUAUAUAUCUGUUUGUCUAUCCAUCUAUGUCCUAUUGA